UCGGCCACCGUUCAAUGAACUAGUCGACCCCCAAGAAAAUCCGUUGAAAAAGAGUUUGUGUGUUGAAAAUUUUGUUGGACCGUGUGUGGCUCCCCAUUAAAUUGAUGAAAAAGAAAGACAAUUGAGACUCCUAAUAUAACAACAAAGUGUCGGUGAACGGACGUUAGUGGAGAUUUCAGUGCGUUGAGAAGAAAAAAAAACCUGCGGUUGAAGGAACGCUUAAGUUUUGGCGAAAGAAUUGACGAGAGGACAAACCGAAAGAACCCCGCUAGAUGUAUAAUUAAGACGAUGAUUAAUUAGUAGUGGCGAACAAUUUAUCAAAAAAGGAGAAGAAGAAAAAAUGUGAGAGAACGAGAAUGGACAUAAAUAAUUAUGUGAACGAAAAUCUGAAUUGAUUCGAAGACACAAUUUGAAAAGAGUAAUCGCGUUGACGAUUUAUUUGCCAAAGUUGAAGUGGUUUGCAUGUUUGUUUGUCAGUGAAUUAAUUAACACGGAAUGAUAUUCUGGUAAAACUGAUAGUGUUGUAACAGUUUGUGAAGUUUUAUAGUUGAGUUUGAGGACAUUAAUACUCUCGUAAUAAGCAACAGCAAAACUUUGAAAAAUCGUUUAUCAUUGAGUGUUGUUCAACAGCAGAUCAAUAGCUGAAUACCACUUCCAUCAAUUUUCAAAUUUUAUUGUCGUAGCAGCUUCGAAAGACAGAAAUUGAUAAAAAUGUUACGACGAACCGGAACAGGAUGACAACCAGUCGAGCAUUACAUUUAUCCGCCACAAUCGAUAUGCAUGCAUUGCUUGCGAUGCUUGUGGAUGCAGUUGGCUCGUUAGGAAAUCAACCGAAAUUUACAAUAUCGAAAGAUAGACGGUCGAACGAAGAGUGUUUUGAUAGGCUGAAUCAAUUCCGAAUCAGGAGCUGAAAAGGACGAUGAGUGAAUAUAUGUAGCGUGACAGCCCUAUGUUGGGCGAACGCGAUCGAGACCGUGAAGCGGUGCACUGGGAAUUAGGCGACUCGACAACGCCCCCUUUCAAUAAUGGCGGACCGAAUAUGGGUGGUGUCCCACCAGGCAUGCAAUAUGGUUAUGGAGACGAUGGUACAUUCACAACGAAUACAAAUUAUGCGGCUGGUGGUUGUGCAAGCGGGACUGCUGGAGUUGCUGGCAAAGAGGUUCGUUACGCCCCUUUGCCAAACACUCAAUCACCUGAACAUUCGAAUCCCAUAUCCCAGGCACCGUUACAGAGGACACAUUCCAGAUCAAUGUCCUCCAUACCACCAGAGCCCUUUAUGAUAGCGCGCGCCAAACAGAUGAACCGUCGCGUAUCGAUAAAUGUGGGCGGUGUAAAACAUGAAGUGCUGUGGCGAACGCUCGAACGUUUGCCGCAUACAAGACUCGGUCGACUGCGCGAGUGUACCACCCACGAAGCAAUAUCCGAAUUGUGUGACGACUAUUCGCUGGUCGACAAUGAGUACUUUUUUGACAGACAUCCGAAAAGUUUUAGUUCAAUUUUGAAUUUUUAUCGCACCGGGAAAUUACAUUUAGUGGAUGAAAUGUGUGUGUUAGCGUUUAGUGACGAUUUAGAGUAUUGGGGAGUGGAUGAGCUGUAUCUGGAGUCGUGCUGUCAGCACAAGUAUCAUCAGCGAAAGGAGCAUGUGCACGAGGAGAUGCGAAAGGAGGCGGAAAGUUUGCGCCAGCGUGAAGAGGAAGAAUUUGGCGAUGGAAAAUGCGCUCAGUACCAAAAGUAUUUGUGGGAACUGCUGGAGAAACCGAAUACUAGUCUGGCAGCUCGGAUAAUCGCAGUGAUAUCCAUCCUGUUCAUAGUCCUGUCAACCGUUGCUUUAACGUUAAAUACACUGCCAUCACUGCAACAUGAAUUGAAUGGCACGCCGCAAGACAAUCCCGAUUUGGCCGUGGUUGAAGCCGUCUGUAUAUCAUGGUUCACGCUCGAAUAUGUGUUGCGCUUUAGCGCAUCGCCGGACAAAUGGAAAUUUUUCAAAGGCGGCCUCAAUGUUAUCGAUCUGUUGGCAAUAUUGCCGUAUUUUGUAUCGUUGUUUUUGUUGGAAACCAACAAGAAUGCAACGGACCAGUUCCAGGAUGUACGCCGGGUUGUGCAAGUCUUUCGCAUCAUGCGCAUUCUGCGAAUCCUUAAGCUGGCCCGUCAUUCGACGGGCUUGCAGUCAUUGGGAUUUACGUUACGUAAUUCGUAUAAGGAACUUGGUCUGCUUAUGUUAUUCUUGGCAAUGGGCGUUCUGAUAUUUUCGUCUCUAGCAUAUUUUGCUGAAAAGGACGAGCCUCACACGAAAUUCAUUUCCAUUCCUGAAACAUUCUGGUGGGCGGGGAUCACAAUGACCACAGUGGGAUACGGGGACAUCUAUCCCACUACUCCGCUUGGAAAGGUUAUUGGAUCCGUAUGUUGUAUAUGCGGCGUCUUGGUUAUCGCGUUGCCCAUUCCCAUCAUAGUUAACAAUUUUGCCGAAUUUUAUAAGAAUCAGAUGCGUCGUGAGAAAGCGUUGAAGCGGCGAGAAGCAUUGGACCGAGCUAAGCGUGAAGGCAGCAUCGUCUCAUUUCAUCAUAUCAAUUUGAGAGAUGCCUUCGCUAAGAGUAUGGAUCUGAUCGAUGUGAUCGUUGAUACUGGACACAACAUAUCGCAAGGAGACGAGAAUAGUACCGAAGGUGAAUCGGCAACCGGUCGAAAUCCGUCGAGCACGGGCAUGGGAUGCUAUAAGAACUACGAUCAUGCGCAACUGAAUGAUAUACGGCAGAGAAGUACUUCGCAGGUAUCACUGCAUGAAGUUGAAGAAGUGCCUCCGUACAGUCCACAAAAGCAACAACAGCAACGGACGUCCGCAAUGGAAAUGUAUCAUGAUGGUGCCACAAAUGAGGAGAAACGUCUGCUCACUCAAGACGAAACACCCACCCAUGUGCCAACACAAAUGAUGGUUACACCAGCGUUCUUGCAGUCAAGGACCGUGGAGGAAGUGGCUGAACUACGCCGUCAAAUUGCCUUAGAACAACAUGCUCAGCAUAAGAAAGAUAAGCAAAUUGACUCAGAUAUGCCAACGGAAUUUGAAUGUUGUUUUUGCACGUCAAAGGAUUUCAAAGACUUCACCGAUGCGGAAGGUUUAACAUGCCUGCCAACAUCCGAUUUCCGUCGUCCCAUGACACUGGAAAUGCGAAACAUUACCAAUGGCGGUGCAAUCAAUCAACUGUGUCACCAAUCAUCGCCAUCGAAUGGCCUUAGCACCAUAACACUUCCACUCGAAACACCGCUCCGUUCGCACAAUGCACAAAAUCCCGGCAACAGUUACAACGGCGACCUAGCAAGCCUGAACAGCUCCGACACGUAUGCCAGCUGCCAAACACAUCCAUUCCUGUCACAAGGCGAUCUAACUGCCGACAUGGCCGAUGCGGUUAGCGCACUAGACGACCUGGACAUGAACAAUUUGUACAUAAAUCCACUGGAAAAGGACUCGGACGAUUUGCGAACGCAGGUGAAAAAGUCUGCAUCGGGCGAUACGGCCCUGUGCAACAUUGGCGGCACUUCGCUGGACGAAAGUUUUCAGAAUUUCCAGUCGUUUGAGGAACGGGAUCGCGGUAGUCGCGUGAGUCUGAACGAAACGCCAGUGCCAAAGCAUCGAAAGACGAGAUUCCAGCAGAGCGUGACGAAGCCGAAAGCGCGCUUUGAGGUGACGAAAACGUCGCAAGAGAGUUUGAACGAAGGUAAAAAGAAUCGACGGUCUUCCUUUAUGCCAGCGAAGAGUCUGGCAUCCGCUACGAAAUUGAUCAAUCAACAUCUGUUCGGCAUUCAAAGUAUUAGCGCGAAAGGUAAAACGGAAAAUAAAUUGUCGCUGUCGAUAGACUCAAUCGAUUCGCAACCGAAUCAGGAGUCACAUCGUCGUUCAAAGUCGAUACUGAAGAACAAAUCCGAAGCGUCAAAGAUUCUAACCGAUCCGGAAAGUGAAAGACUCUUAGCGGACAAUAUGUCUGGAGCGGGAAUCUCUGACAUAUCGGGUGAUGCCAGUAGCGACUACUCACCGAAUAAGCUGCCAAUGGCCGUAAACAAAUCGAUAUCUCCGCCCCUCAAUCAACGACACCGAAUCCUCAUUCAGCAGCGUUCAGUACCUGCAGGACUGUCGUGUUCGAAACCGGUAAAAUUCCAGUUGCCACGCUAUCCAGAAGAGCAAGUCUCCAGACAGGCUAAGCCGGUACUGCACAAAACGGCUGCAACUGGAGUCGACCAUUUGACCGGAGACGAAAGGAUGGAAUCAGUAACCAGAGACAGCAGUAUAGAAUCGGAAACAGCAUUCUGCACCUACCGCUCGGACUACAAGGAUCAGCGUGGCUCCAGUGAAUAUCAAUUCGGUUCGAGCGACGAACGCAAGUCGUUGAUCAAUCGAGGAAAUUCGAAUGAAAGUUCUGGCACCGGUUGUGGAUCUACCUCGUAACACUUUUUCUAUUUUGUAGUUUGUAACAUGUUCAGAUUGAAUAUUCCGGAAGUGAACGUAGUCUCGUCGUGGUGGGGGUUUGGUAGUUGUUGGUUGAUUUGAAAGAAGUUUUUGUCCAGGGUUUUUGUUUUGGAACUCCUGAAAUUAGGCAUGCCUCGUCACAAAGUACUAGGUAGUCGAGAUGAAGACCUAUCUGUCGUGUCAAUGGAGGAAUUGAGAUUGCGUUUCGUUUGUCAUUCCUUAACGUUUCAUAUAAAAGGUGCGACACUUCUCCACUCAGUCCCUUUUUGAACCCCAUACGAUCCAGUCAAUUUAAUGCAUGAAGGGCGCCACCUCUCGGUUUUGUUUCAUACUAAUGAACAUAUGACUGAAAAUAUGUCAAAUUGAGAUAUCUACGUAUACAAAUCCGUGUUACAACCAACAGAUGUACUUGUAUAGAUAAUUGUGAGAAACAUCCGCCAGAUGGUGUUGAUUAUCAAUCAAACGACUAUAACUUUGAUCACGUGAUCAGUUUUGAAGUACGAUGAUCCGUUUUGUUUUGAGAAAAUUGCUGUCGUGUUCCCCGUACUAUGAAUAUCAGUUGAACGGUUGAACCAUAGCACUGCUCCUAGCAUUAACACUCAUAUGGACAGAUGUCAAAAAGUCUCCGAGUUUUGACAUAUGUUCAUGUGCUUUGUGUUUUUAGGAACACUUUCUUUAAGUCCUAAAAUCCUAGAUUUUCCCAUUUUUUUUAAUUUUUCCAAAAAAAAUUGGACAAAUUUUGAAAAUUGUGGAAAAGUUUGGAAAAAUGCGAUAAAGUUUCGGAAAAUAUGGUAAACUGUUUCCCUGGUUUUAUAACAACACCGUCAUCGGGCUUUUCGCCUAACUGACUGAAUGAGACAUUUCUAACGAAUUAGACAUCAACACAGGUGUUUGAUGCUAAUUAUAUCUCCGCCUUAAGCUAGGCUCAGAAUAUUACAUACAUAGAAUUCAUCGUAUAUGGGUGACGUCAUAUAAGUCAAUUCGUUGGAGGCGCACCAAACAAUCCAAACGCUGAAGCUGGUAUAUGCUUACGGACGUCACUGUUAUACAUUCGAGAAAAAUCUCAUGCAAAAUUGUUCCAGCUGGGAUUUGAACCGGAACUCACACCACGAAAGCGUAGCUCCUUACUGAACGAAAAAAAAUACAAAGCCUAUUGGUGUCAGUCUCCGAAUAUUUUCUAUGUUAAUGCUAGGAACAGUGUUUUGUCUGAACUGGAGUUGUGAGCCGAUAAAGUUUUCUUCGUAAAAACGUUAUCAGCAGCUUGAACUUCAGACUAAUUUCCAAUGAUCGUUCGGCUGUCAAAAUGCUUUCGGCGCAAGCACACCUCUAAGGAUGAUAUACGGUACACUCAACAAAAGUGAAUGGCCGGUAGAGGACGACGUAUGGGCGACGCAUAGUGUCAAAAUUGACAGAAUUCCUUUGUUCUAAUGUCAAUUUUGACACUAUACGCCGCCCAUACGUCGCCCUCUAAAUGGCCAGUGAGAAACGUUAUCACGUUUUAACCGUUCUUCAACCCACGCGCCAUCUAAUUUGAUAUUGAAUCAUAUACAGAACCUGCACCGUCUGUUACGUCUCUCCUGUUAAUGUAUAAAAAGUGUGCAUGGCAUGGACGAAGACUUAAACAAUCUUUGAAUACAUGUGCGGCAGCGGAUUUUUUUGGGUUGGCAAUAUGUGGUAUCUUUGUAAAAACUAAGAGAAGCAGUGUUCCUAACAGGCAUGAGCGCCGAGGGAGAAACCUCGGCGGCGGCUAGCCGAAAAAAAUUUCUCGGCGG